UUCGCCGACUGGCCGCACCGACGAACCACCACUUGCCGCCGGCCGUCGAUCGCUUCCCCCGAUCUUCUUCGGGCCCUUCGAUCUCUCUUCCUUUUGUAGAUCUCAUUCCAAUACCAAUGGAUUGAGAUUAGAGAAGGCUCAGCUUUUCUAAGGAAAAGGAAGCAAUCCUGUUAUCUUCAUUGGUUCUCUUGAAUCAAUGGGAAAUUGCUUUGGAACAAGUUCUGUUGAUUGUGAGGAAAAGCUGGAUUAUUCUGCUGGAAAUGUUCAUGUCAUAGCUGACAAAGGAAGCUGGGAAGCGAAUAUAGAAGAAGCAAGUAAAGACGGCAAAAUAGUUGUGGUGAACUUCAGCGCAUCGUGGUGUGCACCGUGUAGAUACACUGCACCUCUAUAUGCUGAGUUAUCGACGAAGUAUCCAUCGCUCGUUUUCCUGACAGUUGAUAUUGAUGACUUACCAGAAUUGACUUCAUCAUGGGAUAUCCAAGCAACUCCGACAUUCUUUUUCCUGAAAGACGGGAAGAAACUGGAGAAACUUGUGGGUGCCAACAAACUGCAGCUUGAGAAAAGGGUGGUCUACUUUACUGACUCAUCAACAUAUUAUUCCAAACCACCUCAGCUUGAGAACAAUGUAUCUUGAUUAGAUACAAGAGCAGCGGACAAAGUCUCUCUGAUUUCAUUUUCUGAACAGGAAAUUAUUGGACUGAAUCCGUGGUUUCACGUGCUUGCUCUUGCAUCUACUCCUAAACUCAUAUGACACAGUUUCUGAUGUAAAAUUGCCACUCCAAGAGAGUGAAUAUGAUGAUGGCAUUUUUGAGGU